GCUCGCAGUCGGUAGACGUGUAUUCGAAUUGCUCCUAAGAAUUUGUAAUAACGGGUCUCUAUUAACAAAUAUUAGCGUAUUUUUGUAAUGGUGGAUGAACUAAAGCAGUAGGAAGUGUUUGUGAAAAUAAAUUAAGUGAAAAAUUGCUUGUGGAAACAAGAAAACUCAAAAAUUGCGGUUUUAUUCUGUGACUUCAGAAAUAUUCUGUAUUGGUAUAGCAGUCCACACACGUUCAUUUUCUAAUUUUUUGAUGCCUACAAUGAAUUCAAAGACAAGAAGCGCUAGUCAACAGAUGAACGAAAAUGUUAUAGAUCAAAUCGUUCAAAAGGUAUGUCAAAAGCUAGAUGAAAAAAUUGAUGUGAAAUUUAAAAAAUGGAAGAUAAAAUAUCCAAAAUGUUAAACAGGAUGGAUGAAAAAAUGUUAGAUUUAACGAAUAAAAUGUCAGAAGUUAGUAAAUCCGUAAUUGCACAUGAUAAUGAACUUAAAUUUAUCUCAAAAAAAUUAGAUGACAUGGAAACUUUUCAAAGAAGAAAGAUAUUAAGGUUUGAUGGCAUAGGAGAAAAUGAUAAUGAAAAUUUAAUGUCAAUUAUGAUAAAUAUAUUAAAUAACUCAAUGAAAGUCAAAUGUUCAUCUUCAGAUAUAUGUAAUCUCUACAGACAAGGAAAACUAAUAAGAGGUAGCAAUAAUGCAAGGAUAGUAGUAAUUGAGUUUGUAUCUUUGUUAAAGAAGAAUGAAAUACUAAAAGCCAGGAAAGAGUUGAAGCAAACGAAGAUAUUUGUCUAUGAAGACCUAACAAAAUGUAAAUAUGCACUUUUAAAGAAAGCCAAAAAAUUAUAUGGACAAGAACAUGUAUGGAGCUUUGGAGGAAAUAUUUUUGCAAAAAUAGAUAAUCAAAUCAAGAAACUGGAAUCUAAGGAUUAUUUAUUAUAAUAUUAUGAAUAUGUUCAUGUAU